UAGUUUCACCUCUAAUUUGCGCGCAAUAUUUUUUAACAACAAUGGAUGCAGAUUUUCUGUCGCUUAGAAAAAGAAUAACAAACACGUUUAAGCUAUGUGGAUUUCUCAUUCGCUCCGAGAACAGUUCCUAUCUGGCUGAACAGUUGCUGCCCUUCGACGCCGCCGAACGAGACAAAUGGCUGACGGUGAUCACGGAGAAUCUUCAGAGUCAAAAGCUUUUGACGCCUCAUGUGGAGCGGGCAGCCCUCGAAAAGGCCAUCAAUGAGCUAAAUCGAGUGGGAUUGGAUGAAGGAGAGACGGUGUUUUCCCUCAUCGAUGCAUUUACGGUACCCCGCUUCCGGUACAAUCAGAGAGUGAAGAAGUUUGAAGUGGACACUCAACCUCGCCAGUUGCUCACCGAUCCUCGCAUGAAAUCGGACUACAUGCAGCAGCGGUACGCCAUGCUACUCCAGAAAACCCUGCGGCAUGACCUCUUUGCACCAGCUGUCAUCCAGGAUGGCGUGGGAGCCGAGGCACAGGUCAAGAAAUUCAAGCUUCAGUUCGCGGAGAACCUGUUGGCCACGUCCGCCAUGAAGGAGGCGGUGGUUUUAGGUCUGCUCACUCAGCUGAAGGAGGGAAAAUUUUAUGUGGAGGAUCCCACGGGUUGUGUCGAAUUGGAUCUCAGUGGAGCACGUUUUCAUGCCGGCUUCUUCUGCGAAGGUUGCUUUGUCCUAGCUGAGGGAAACUAUAACAAUGGGGUGCUUAAAGUGGAUGGCCUGGGCUUUCCGCCCGCGGAACCUGCGACCAGCAGCCGAGCGUUUUUCGGCACCGCCAAUACUUGGGGCGGUGAGUCGGCGAAGCUACUGAAAUACUCACCCCGUCUGCAAGAAAUGGAACGCACCAACACUGAAACGACCAUUGUUUUCCUAUCCGAUGUUCGAUUAGAUCUUCCCGUGGUCAUGGACAAACUGCGCCAGCUUUUUGUGGGCUACGAUUCCUGCCCACCGCAGGCUAUAGUGCUCAUGGGUCCUUUUACGGCCAGCACAAGGAAUCAUCACGAACUGAGGCAUCACCUAGAUGCUUUGGGUGGCUUAGCAGCUGGCUGCGAGCAGCUGAAGAAGCAAACGGAUCUAAUACUUGUUCCCUCAUCGGAAGAUCCAACGGCACCAAAUAUUCUGCCCCGGGCUCCAAUACCAGAGUGCCUGGCAGCGGGUCUGCUGAAGUCCUGGCCGCGCACCCAGUUGGCCACGAAUCCCUGCCGUUUGCAAUACUGCACUCAGCAGAUAGUUGUCUGUCGCCUUGACCUGUUGGCUAAGUUUUGCCGGAACACGUUGCAUUUUCCCGAGGACACAUCACAGAUCGAGCAGCAUUUUGCUAGAACCAUUGUGUGCCAGGGUCAUUUGGUGCCCAUUCAUCCCAUCGCCAUGCCAGUGCACUGGGACUACGAUCCUGCCUUGUGGCUUUAUCCGCUGCCCGAUUUGAUCGUUAUGGGGGACUCGUGCCAGAGUUUUAGCAGCAAUCAGCAUGGCUGUACUGUCCUCAAUACCGGCUCUUUCGUCAAGUCAAAGUUUGCUUUUAAAGUGUACAUACCUGCCACUCGUACGAUAGAGGACUCUGAAAUACCAGACGAUGUGGAGUAGAUUAUAGUAGUUCACCUUAACGUAAGUUUAAUAAUUAUUUAAAUUUAUAUGUUUACCUGUUUUUUUAUUAUAUUCAACUAUUUACUGGGGUAAUAGGCUACGAGCCUUUGAUCAAUUUGAACUUAUUAGAUUUCUAGUUAAAAAAGUAGGGACAUUUUUUCAUUGGGGAACCCC